AAACCCUAUUGAGAGCUCUCGGCCGCUUACGGCGUAACCGUCACAUGGUCGAACCGAGUCCGGGGCGGGUAUUUAAGGAGCGGCGGCGCGCCUUCAGCACCACUUCGCUGUCCACGGUCCCGCAGAGCGCACGUCCAGGACGCACCGGCACCGGCUCCAGCUCCAGCUUCGAGACACAACAGCGUGCGACCCCGUCCGCCAACAUGCCCCGGUCUUUCCUGGUGGAUUCCUUGAUUUUAAGGGAGACCAACGACAAAGGCAGCGACACCAGCUCCCCCGACGCGGUGCCCCCGGCGCCCCACCCGCCCCCCGCGCUGCCGGCCUCCUGUCACUCCAGGAAGGCCGGGCUCCUGUGCUUCUGCCCGCUGUGCAUGACCGCGUCCCAGCUCCACCCGUCUCCACCCGCGCUGCCUCUGCUCAAGGCGUCGUUCUCGCCCUUCAGCUCACAGUACUGCCACUCCGCCCUGUCCAGGCAACACUCCACGGCCAACAGCGUCAACCUCAGCCACGGACCCGGGAUUUACCAGGCGGCGUACACGGUGCCAGACCCGCGGCAGUUCCACUGCAUCUCCAUCGAAAACACCAACAGCAAACUUCAGAGCAGCAAACGCAUGCGCACCGCCUUCACCAGCACACAACUCCUGGAGCUGGAGCGCGAGUUCACCUCCAACAUGUACCUGUCCAGACUGAGGCGCAUCGAGAUCGCCACCUACCUGAACUUGUCCGAGAAGCAGGUGAAGAUCUGGUUCCAGAACCGCAGGGUGAAGCACAAAAAGGAAGAAGGCGGCGGCGGCGGCGGCCAGAGGGGCGGCUCGCACGGCUGCAAGUGCUCGUCCCUGUCCACGGCCAGGUGCUCGGAGGAGGAGGAGGACGACAUGCCCAUAUCGCCGUCCUCGUCCGAGAAGGAGGACGCAGACCUGUCUGUGUCUCCAUGAACCGAAUCGAACUGAACCGAACCGAAUCGAACUCCUCCAGACUCUGAAA